ACGACACUUUUUGAGUAUUAGCAGUGAAAGAUAAGUCACCAUGAGUGGGCGUGGCAAGGGAGGUAAAGGACUCGGAAAAGGAGGCGCCAAGCGCCACCGCAAAGUGCUUCGCGAUAACAUCCAGGGCAUCACCAAGCCCGCCAUCCGCCGCCUGGCUCGCCGUGGCGGAGUGAAGCGUAUCUCCGGUUUGAUCUACGAGGAGACCCGCGGAGUCCUCAAGGUCUUCCUGGAGAACGUGAUCCGUGAUGCCGUCACCUACACCGAGCACGCCAAGAGGAAGACCGUCACCGCCAUGGACGUGGUCUACGCCCUGAAGAGACAGGGUCGCACCCUGUACGGCUUCGGCGGUUAAG